AUGUGUAAUGUCUUUAGAUCUGCAAGACAUAUUUUUGGCAUAGAUGCCUUUCUUCAUGUGAGUAAGACAGUUAAAAUUCUUUAUGAUCUGAGUAGUAGAGUUGAAGCUAUAAGAAUAGGUUAUGAGUUUUUAAGACAAGGUAAACAUGUAGCAUUUGUAUCUACUGAAGAGGUGAUGACUAGAGUGUUAGUAGAAAAAGCGUCUAAGUUAUUUAAACCUAAUAAUUUGCCUAUUAGAGCCUCCUAUACAAAUACUGUAGAAGCAGGAAUAUCAUUCGAAGUUACAGGCUACUUCAAUAUAGUUAUAGCUAUUAUAAACAUCGCCACUUCUGUUCAUAUUGAGGCUCUUGCACAAAUACUUUAUCAAAUUCAUGACUGUCCUCAUCUUAAUGAGUCUCCAGCUAUAAUAACAUUCAUUGAAGUUGAGUAUCAAAAACACCUUUUUGCAAGAUAUUUUAUUGAGAAGCUUUGUAGUCUUAUAGCCAUUGAAGCAUUAGUUAUCAAAGAAACAGAUUUUAAUGCAGUUGCUACUUCCUGGAAUCUUGGUUCUGAAGAAGCUGAAAAUCUUAAGUUUGAUCAAGAAUGCUCUAUUCCAGAUACUAUGGCUCUUAAAUGUUUUUAUAUACAAAAUAUUUAUGGCUGUAAAAAUAUAAAUACUGAAGAUUGGGAUAAUCUUUGCAAUAAGAAAUUUGUAGAACAUUUUAGUCUACCUAAACUUCGAAAAUAUUUUCUGCGCUUAUCUCAUUUCCAGAAGCAAGGUUGUAAUAAAGAUAGUGCAAUAGAAGGUUUAGUUGCUAAAGACUUUGCACAGUGA